GGAGAAGACUCAAGGGAAUGGAUUAAAAGGAAUGCCUUAGCUCUGCAUACAAUUAAGAUUUCAUGUGGAGCAAAAAAGUUUGAUGCGAUUAAGGAGAUGUAUUCAGCAAAAGAUGCUUGGAAUGCAUUGGCUGACUUGUAUAAACAACCAAAUGAAGACAGGAACAAUGAUACAGGAAUCAAGACUGAUGAAAGGAAACAAGCCUGUAUCUUUGUACAGAGUAAUGCAGGAGUAGCUGCAUGCAUGAUUGUGCCUGAG